GCUGACGAAUUUUUACGUGAUCUGAUGAAAUCUUGUCACUUCUUGCAGAAUCACACAAGAUCCUAUCACACGUUCUUGCAGGAUCUUGUAAAAUCUGGUUAUAAGAAAAAGCUUAUGUGGAAUCAGGAAGACUGAUUUAUAUGAAAUCUUGUAAGAUCUUGUACAGUUUUGGCAAGAUCUUGUAGGCUCAUACGAAAUCUUGUGAUAUGAUAUUGCAUGACCUUUUAAGAUCAUACAAGACCUUGCAAGGUCACUUGACAGGGUUUGUCGAUAUGGGAAUGUUGAAGUAAAUCAGAAGGAUUAGAUGGGAUUUUUUCAGCAUGUUGUUUGCAUUUGGCACAAAUCUUCAAUAAGUUUAUGAAACAACUUUUGCAGCAAUUCGUCGGAGUCGUGUUGAACAUCACUUAUAAAAGUAGAAUCUAAGACUCUCAUUUCUUUAAAAUAAUCUUUCGGAUUGACAGCUCCCGUUCCCUGCUGACAAUUUCAUAUAAUAGUACAUCAAGCUUGCACUGUACGUAUACAUUUUGCUCUAGAAAACGUAAACAUGCUUUGCAAGAAGAUAUCAAUUCGUCUAUUUCAUUUUUUUUUCUCAUGCAAACACAAUAUUAAGUAAUAAGAUCCUGCUAUUGCUGCUGUACAGGAUGGAUUUUGGAUACCUUUAAGGAUGUUUUUUUGUUCUGUAUUGCAUUCCAAAUUAGAAAAAUGAGGAAAAAAUUAGUUGAAGACGAAGAACAUAAAUCUCUAGUAUCUAUUCAUACAGUUAUCAUUGUCACGUACAAACAUACUGCUGAUAAUUUUUAUUGUUUGUUGUUGCAGUAAUAACAUAAAAGAAAAAACUUUAACACAAAACAAACUUUUAUACACUAUGAAAGGUAGAGCAAUGUUUCUACAUUAAAGUUCACGAACAUUUUAUCUAUUCUAAAAAGACUACUUGCCAUUUCGUAAUUUUGAUGAGUGAGGAGAUGAUCAGAGUUCUUUUCAUUUAUGAUUUAAUCACAUAAUAUUCAACUCUAAGUGUGUGAAAAUCAUAUGUGAAUACUGAUAUUUUGAGAGCUACAAAUAAUUUUGCAAGAAAAUCUCAAAGGUAGUAUAUCAAACGUAGCUACAAAGGUACGUACAGUAUAGACAGUAUAGCAUAUAAUAGAAGAAAACCGCGCGCCUAGUAAAAACCAUUUUCUAAAAUGUCUAUACUUUGACUACACUAAGCUUUAAUUAAAUAUGGCAUCGUAUUCAUUUGAUCGCCUGGCUAUGUUAAUGUUCUUCCAUUUUAUGGUCAAACUUCAAAUCCUUAUUUGAGACCAGGAUUUAAUUUACAAUAUUCGUGCAAAAACAUGUACUUAAACUUGUUUUUUCUUUUUUUCUUAGCAUUUCCGAGUACAGCAGCUGUUUCACCUAACAGUCCGUUAUCAGUUACUUCUGCUUACACAUCCCAAUCUGUAAGUAGUAAAAUAAGCGUCAUGAUAACUCGUACUAAUUCCUGUUGAAUAUUAAAGGGUAUUGAAAAUGGCUAUUAUCCUUAUCCACAAACAACAUCUCUCAAUUAUCCAUGUGAUACAUCCUCAUCACCAUACGCCUUGCCAUAUAAUAUUGCUUCUGCAGCUGCAAUAUCUUCAUCUAACUAAUACAAAUACUUCUAUAUUUAUUAACUUUUAUUUAGAUUUAAAUCAAUUUUCAAAUUUGUCAUCCAUUUCACCAUCAUCAUCUUCAAAAACAGACACAAGUACUCGCUGUAAAGAAAGUUAUUUUGAACAAAUUAAUACUCGUUUUGGACGAAAGGCAACAUAUGUGGUGAUUGGUGAUGGGCGGGAUAAAGAAUUAGCAGCAAAACAGUUAUCAUGGCCAUUUUGGCGCAUAAAUCAACAUCAACAUUUGACGGCUCUUCACAAUGUACUAGACCUGCAAUUUCUAUGA